ACACGAUGAACAAAAAAGAAAACCCUUUCUUCAAAAAAAAAAAAAAAAACCCUAAACCCUAACAACAUGCAUUCAUUGAAUCACUCAUUCAAUCACAAGAAUCAAACUUUGUAAUGUGCCGCCAUUACCAAUUCCAAUCUUCUCAAUAUGAAGAAUCUAAAUCCAAUUGAAUCUAUUUUCAUCAAAUCAUGUUGCAUUUUGCGCGCAAUCUCUUCCACAUCACUGGUGUUCGAGUUCGAGUAAGCUCCUUCAAUUCACAAUUUCAUCCAAACCCAUUUUCCAUUUCCUUCGCUCUAUCAACCCCAUCUUCUCAAAAUUCGAUUUUUAGAUCACCAAUGAUUUUUUUCACUGAUUUUCUUUGUGUUGUUAGACACCCUUUUAGCUCAAAAUCUUUUAUUAAUGAUAAUGUUUCAGAGACAGUGCGUAGUUUCUUGCAGCGUGAUGGUGGGUCCCAAAUGCUAGAUUCAUCGCUUGCACCUAUUUUGGUGUCUAAGGUUUUGGUGAAUUUGAAAGGGGACCCAAAAUCUGCAUUGAAGUUCUUUUAUAGUGCAGGGAAUCAAGUUGGGUUUCGCCACACUACUGAAUCUUAUUGUAUUCUUGUUCAUAUUUUGUUUUGUGGAAUGUUUUAUUUCGAUGCGAAAAAUGUUAUUAAAGAGUGGAUUUUGUUGAGGAGGGAAAUUCCGGGCAGUGAUUGGUUUGAUAUGUUGUGGUUGACUAGGAAUGUGUGUCAGACGGGUUAUGGGGUGUUUGAUGCUUUGUUUGGUGUUUUGGUUGAGUUAGGGAUGCUUGAAGAAGCUAGGCAGUGUUUUUGGAAGAUGAACAAGUUCAGGGUUCUGCCGACAGUGCGGUCCUGUAAUGAGCUUCUUCACAAGUUUUCAAAAUCAGGUCAAGGGAAAUUGUCCUUGAGUUUUUUCAAUGAGAUGGUCGUGGCUGGCCUUUCGCCCUCGGCUUUCACAUAUAAUAUAGUGAUAGGUUAUUUGAGCAAAGAAGGGGAGUUAGAAACUGCUAGGAGCUUGUUUGAACAGAUGAAACAGACGGGCCUUAAGCCGGAUGUAGUCACUUAUAAUUCUCUCAUUGAUGGGUAUGGAAAGGUGGGAUUGCUGGCCGAAGCGGUUUUUAUUUUUGAGGAAAUGAAAGUUGCAGGAUGUCAACCAGAUGUGAUUACAUACAAUUCUUUAAUCAAUUGUUUCUGUAAAUUUGAAGGAAUUCCUCACGCUUUUUGUUAUCUGCGUGAGAUGAAGGAAAGAGGGUUGAAGCCAAAUGUUGUGACCUAUAGUACAAUGGUAGACGCAUUUUGCAAGGCUGGCAUGAUGCUGGAAGCGUUCAAAUUUUUCAUUGACAUGAUACGUGUUGGUCUUCAACCUAACGAGUUUACAUAUACGUCUCUGAUCGAUGCAAAUUGUAAAAUAGGCGAUCUGGGCGAAGCAUUCAAACUGGCAAAUGAGAUGUUGCAGGCUGGUCUUAACUUAAAUAUCGUUACCUAUACUGCAUUACUCGACGGCCUUUGUGAAGAUGGUAGAAUGAAAGAAGCAGAAGAACUAUUCAGAGCAUUGUUGGAAGCUGGAGUGGCUCUUAAUCUGCAAAUUUAUACUUCCCUUAUUCAUGGAUAUAUGAAGGCUAAGAUGAUGGAGAAAGCAAUGGAUAUUUUAAAAGAAAUGAACAAGAAAAACUUCAAACUAGAUUCGCCACUGUAUGGAACCAAAAUAUGGGGCCUUUGUAGCCAAAAUAAAAUAGAAGAAUCCGAGGCAGUAAUGCGUGAGAUGAAGGAUCAUGGCUUGACUGCAAAUAGUUAUAUAUACACAUCCCUUAUGGAUGCAUAUUUUAAGGUUGGAAAAAUCACAGAGGCUGUUAAUCUAUUACAAGAGAUGCAGAAAUUUGGUAUAGAGACAACGGCUGUAACCUAUGGUGUACUGAUUGAUGGUUUAUGCAAAAAAGGUUUAGUUCAACAGGCUGUCAGUUACUUUGACUGCAUGACUAAAACUGGUUUGCAGCCGAAUAUUAUUACUUUUACUGCUCUGAUUGAUGGCCUUUAUAAAAAUGAUUGUGCUGAAGCAGCCAAUAAACUGUUCAAUGAGAUGUUGGAUAAGGGAAUCAGGCCAGAUAAGUUAGUUUAUACUGCUUUGAUUGAUGGGAACCUGAAGCAUGGUAGUCCUGAAGAAGCUUUGAGUUUGAAAAAUAGAAUGGUUGAAUCGGGUAUGGAACUUGAUCUGCAUGCUUAUACUUCAUUGGUCUGGGGUUUGUCGCAAUGCGGUAAAUUACAACAGGCCAAGUCAUUUUUUUAUGAGAUGCUCAUAAACGGCGUUGUUCCUGAUCAGAUUCUCUGUAUUUGUCUUCUGAAAAAAUAUUAUGAGCUAGGAGACACAAAUGAAGCUCAGGAACUUCAUAACGAUAUGACGAGGAGGGGCCUAGUUGCUGAGACAAUGGACAUAAAAAUUCCCUCUAUACACACUUGAGAUGAAAAACCUGUUUUUAUAUACUUGGUUUGGUCUACUCUCAUCUUUAUGGCAUAAAAUUUGGAUUCAUUUGUUUUUUGCCAAAGUUGAGUAACCUAAUUGAAAUGAAUUUGGUGCAUCAUUAUAUAAUGGCAAUUGCCUGUUCUAAUUGAUGCAUUCUCAUUCUCAUUCUCAAGACGUUUGUUUUCUCUUGAUGUAUAUCCUGCAGCUGCUAGGGUGUGCCUUUCAAUAUUCAUGUUUCUCAUGUGAUCAUCAAGACAACCCAUAAAACGAUGCCUCCCUGUUAACUGAAAGUCUUGACUUCCUUUAGUGAAUGGGGAUCAAUGUGGCUGUUAUUGUAAUUACAAAGCUCAUAAUGAUAGCAUGUUUACUUCUUUACCCGUAUUACAUAAUUCCGCAAGCUUAAUGUCCCUACCCAAGGACUGAUUUGACAUACAGCCAUAGUGGAUGCGCUUUUUACUACUUGUACAUAUUAGACAUACAAGGAUGAUUCAACAUUUGAUAGAAAGGAAGCUUAUUGGUGGCUAAUCAACACAGAUCCGUAUUUUUGGGCCAUUAGGGUAACCUGAGGAGGAAAAGCUAUCAUAGGCAGUGAUGUCAUUGAAAAGGAGUGCUCUGAAGUUGUGGUUUUCUCGGAAAGCGAGCAAAAUGCGACUCUUCCAUGCAAUCUUCAUUCAAGUAGCUAAGGUGGAGUUUCAAGAGAAUUUGUAUUACAUGAUGACGACGAUUACUUGUCAAGUUUUAAUAUAUUAAACAGUGGGAGUCCAUUGGAACCUUAUUCCCAUCAAUGACAAAGCAGUUCACUUUGAGGACAAGGUGAAACUAUUUUGAAGGCUGGGAGCAUUGAGAGGGUUGCAGUUGAAGGAGAUAUUAGUUAGUUAGGCUUAGUUACAGAUGGGUUUAUGUUGUAUAUAAAAUAAUCAGGAGUGAAAGGGAAAAUGUCUUGUCAUUUGAGAGGAUUAAGGACAUAGAUAGGUGCAGACCCCGGAAGCAGUGUUUAAUCUUUGCAAUUAGGGUUUAUCCACAUUUUUUUUCUAAUAAAAUACCCUUUCCUAUCACACAUCAUUUUGUGCUUCUCUCUAUACAUUUCACAAUGUCAUAAUCACUAGUACUAUGUAAAAAAAUUUAGUUGGUUCAUAAAGUUUUGAAGUAAUUGUGAUUUUGGCAA